UUUGUGGGAAAUUUUAGUUUCUCAGGCAAGUCAGGACGUGAAUUCGAUGACGUGUAAAGUACUUGGCGAGACCAAGUACAUACGUGAUCGCGUAACCACGGAUGCAAGCCAUAACUUCUCCUCGAUCGACCCAUCGGUCACACGUAGCAACGUGCCGAUGUGGUAUCAAGACAGUAACCAACGGACGGAGCGUGAUUCAUUUGCGUACAAAGUACUGAGUAUAUACGAAAAACGAGUCGUAACGAUCGCCGAUCAGAAUGCCUGGGAUCGCAAGUGCGACUGGUCUCCUGUCCGCGCGAAUUCAGCCGAUUCGCAGACCGAAGCCUAAGAGCGUGGAAUUAUCGGGUUGUACUCGAGCAGCUCCGUUCGCCCUUCGACCGUUUGCCGGCCUCUUUAAUCCUUAUCCUUACGGUUGCUCGGUGUUGUGCAACCAUCCGGCGGAUUGCGAGGCAAAGGAGGUGGUUCGACGUGCUAAGGACACAUGGGCGACCGAAGGGAAAGCACUUUUGCUACCGGAGGAGAUGGAAAUGAUACGGGCGAGCCUAUUAGCGGUGGGUGCAGGCGGAGGUGGUGGCGAGACUGCAGCUGGAAAUGUCGGAAGUGGCGAUGGUUACAAUACUGAGAUGACCGCUUCGGCGGUGCCCGAGGAGCUCUUCCGGAAAUACACGGAAACCGAUUCGCGACCUUUGACCCCGGCGCCCACGCUCGCCAGCGGACCAACGGCGUUAACUGGUCGCGCAGCCCAGGAAGAUUUGCCGGCGACCUGCAAUCCGCGCGAGCGCACCACCCUGGUUCUGGAUCUCCGAACGAGCUCGCAGAACCAGCAGGAAAACGAGACGUUCAGCUGGCACGCUCUUACACUCGAACUACCGCCAACACCUCGGAAAAGUGAAAUAUUUAUCUGCAAGCCGACCUCACGAUCGCAACAUUCGUUAGCGAUACCUGUGCCACCUCCUUCGUCACUUUCCUCGCCUAUCGCUGAAAAAUGCGAAACGAGUUCAUCCCGAAACGUGGAGGAAGAAGUUGACAGCGACAACGAGCAGCAACCAACAAUUACACGAAGACGGGGAAAGCGAUUACGUAAAAGAAAGUGUAGGAGGGGCUCGACUUACGGCCAGCAAACGGAAGUUCGCGAUCCGCUCGAGCCUACGGUAACACAGGUUUCGCAGAUCGGAAACGGAUCACGGCGAUCGUCGCUUCACGUAAACGUCGGCGAGGUCGAUGGCUCGACAUCUCCCAAGAAGAGAACGUCUGUACAGGCAACAAGUCACACGAUGUCUUCGAGUUUUCUCGAACCAGACAUAUUAAAGCAUUUGUGCAGAGAGCUGGAUCGUGACAAAGUGGAGGCGGAAUUCUCAAUCAAGAGACGAAUCGCCUUAGAAGAAGCGUUACGAGUAAAAGGCGAUGCAUAUACUUUGCGGGGAUCUCGUCAAACUAGUAUCAGUCCAUCGGCGGAAAACGCUCCUCGGAUAUUCUCCCGUCAAGCGGCGCGAUUUGAAUUGCUCGACAGUCAAAGUCUUUGUGGUUUAACGUCACUUCAGUACCUCAGUAAACACGCCUACGUCACGUCGGGAAGAAAAUUGAUAUUCGGUCGAAUAUUUAAUAAAUUUAACGAGGAGGCGUUGCAUAGCGCGCGACGCAUUUCACCGAGCGAUAUUGAAGAAGCUCUUGGAGAAAUGGUUGGGAAGGCAUUGACGGAUGAGCAGCGAUCUUAUAUAAAGUCUGUGAUAGGAGAUGUAACUCAGCCGCUGGGAUUUAGGGAGUGGUGCGGAUUAUGCGCCGCUGUCGAAAGGCUGCUGUGUUCUUUGCCAUCGAGGGAAAGCGAUCCACCAACGUGGCUCGAAAGAACAGACUUUGAAACUCUGGAACGAAGACUCAAAUCAGCUAGAUCGGUAGAUUUCACGUUAGCAUUGUUGUUGAAGGAGAUUCGUGAUAGAUAGAAUAUAACGUGUUUCUUAUCAUAUAUACUCUCUUUUUCUUUAUCACAGUGAUCGCUAAUUAUAAUGUUCGUAUCGUGUAAAUCUUGCGAUGAGUUUAAUACGUUAUAAUUAUUUGAUGUAAGCCUAGAAAAUAAAAUUUUUUCACGGUUCUACAAACGAUCCCUAGGUAAUAUAUAUCUCGACGAAAAGUGCGCAGCGAAUGUUAAAUAGUUUCAAGCAAACACGCGUACAUAAAUUAUGAGUAUUAAUUUGUAUGUAAAUCUCACGAAUGAAAACUAUUACAGGAUGCUAACUGUUAUUUGAUCAAUAAAUGUGAUUAUCGAAAUAAAAUCUAUCUUCCAAAAAUGUGCAAAUUUCGAUUAUUAUGAUAUAAAAAAUGGACCAUGGAUCAAUUCAUUCGUGACAUUGAUAUGUAGUUCUUUGUCAUAUAACUGCUAAAUCGAACAUUUGUUAAUUCCGCACAUCGUUCGAUUACGUAAAGAUUAUGAUCUGUUCAAAAUAUAACGUAAUAGAGAUCACAAAUACUUACUGGAUUUUUAAUGUUGAUCUACACAUGAUGCAGGACGAAAAAAAGCUCUUCUCAUCUACGUUCAUCGCAUAUUUUAUUGCCGGAGCGGACUCGCGUAUAUCCACUCGAGCGUACAUAUGUUGCAUGCAUUCGGUAUUCGAUUCACUUUUGGUUAAUAUACAAACAAAGUUUUCUUAUUUUUUUUCUCUCAUUCUCUCGCACUUAACAACACAAUAAAUAAUGGGUCACUUUUGCUUCGUAAGGAUAAUAUAAAACUGAUCUUUCUCUCUUUCUCUCUCUCUCUCUCUCUCUCUACAUUAGUAAAUAAAUUAAGUAAACGAGCGGUAUGACGAAACGCG